AUGUCGUUUCGUGGUGGCGGUGGUCGCGGCGGUGGCCGGGGCUUUGGCCGUGGUGGUGGCCGUGGCGGUGGUCGCGGCGGUGGCCGUGGACGAGGCCGUGGUGGUUACCCAACAGGCCCACCACCCCGUGUGGAACUCCUUGGCAGCGUGGUGCAGUCGUGCGAGGACGAUCUUGUGUGCAAGCUUGAGAACAAGAACGUGCCUUACUUCAACGCCAUGGUCUACCUCGAGAACAAGCAGGAAGUCGGCAAGGUUGACGACAUCUUCGGUCCCGUUGCGGACGCGUUCUUCACAGUGAAGCUUGGACAGGGCAUGAAGGCCGGCAGCUUCAAGUCGGAGGACAAAUUCUUCAUUGACCCGUACAAACUGCUUCCGAUUGAGCGGUUCUUGCCCGGCAAGAAGCCCGCGCGUGGUCGUGGCGGUGGCCGUGGUCGUGGCGGUCGUGGUGGUGGUCGUGGUGGUGGUCGUGGCGGCCGUGGUGGUGGUGGUUUCCGUGGUGGCCGUGGUGGUGGUGGUUUCCGUGGCGGGCGCGGUGGUGGUCGUGGUGGCGGCGGCUUUAGGGGCGGCCGCGGUGGUGGUGGUGGCUUCAGGGGCGGUCGUGGCGGUGGUGGCUUCCGCAGGUGA